AUGAUUAAUAAAUGGAGAUGAAAUUAAAAGUCACCAAAAAAAAAUGGAAAAGAGGAGCAGAGUGUGGGAGGGUGCGUGUGUGAAUUUGGUGUGUGGCGACGACUUUUCCACAACUUGGAGAAAUAGCAGCUGAUGCUCUCCACCAUCCAAAAAUUUAAAAAUCACAACCAAAACUCCAAUUCCAGCUCUGCUUCUCUCCGAUUAUGUCUUCCUGAGCCCCCACACACACUUCUUUUGGAUUCAAUUUCGAGUUCAAUCAAUUACGGAAUAUGGUUCUUCCAAACAAAUUCCCCUGUAAGUGAUUUCGAAGCUACAAUCGUUGAUUUUAUUGAAAUAUCGGUAGAGAAGUUUGUCUGGAUUUGACUCCCAGAGUUUACUGAUCUGAACUUUCUGGAAUGGAUGAAAUGGAGGUUCUCGUAGAGGGUUCAACUACAAAUGGUGAAGGUUUUACAAAUUUACCAAAUAAUCCCAUUUCAGGUGUCUCAAUACCCGCAGAGAAUACUUCUGAUGGCCCUGAAACUGAACAAAAAACCUCCAUUGAUCCAAAACCAUCUGAUCUAGCAUUUGACAAUCUUUCUACAUCCUCAGAAACAAAACCUGAUGGAACAGAAAAGGAUGGCCCCACAAGUAAUACUCUUGUUCAAGAAGCAGCUUUAUCAUCUGCACCAAAACCAAAUGAUGGGUUGCCGAAUGACUCCCUUAGCUGUGUUGAUACUCCCAAAAGUACAGAAUCACCUUCAGGACUUGCAAAGCUAGAAAAUAACAAGUCUUUGGUGGUGGCCAAUGAUGAUCCUCCGCAGGUUGAGAUGGGUGGUCCUGUUAAACAACUCAAGAACAUGAGUUCAAAAGUAGGAGAUAUUGAUACAGCUGCACCUUUUGAAUCUGUUAAAGAAGCUGUUUCCAAGUUCGGUGGCAUUGUUGACUGGAAAGCCCAUAGAGUUCAAACUGCGGAGAAACGCAAGCAUAUAGAACAAGAACUUGAGAAGGCAAAUGAGGAGAUUCCGUUGUUCAAGAAGAAGUCGGAAGUGGCUGAGGAAGCCAAACUGCAGGUGUUAAAGGAGCUAGAUAGCACCAAGAGGCUCAUAGAAGAAUUGAAACUGAACCUGGAGAGAGCACAAACUGAAGAACAUCAAGCUAAACAAGACUCCGAACUUGUCAGGCUAAGAGUUGAAGAAAUGGAGCAAGGAAUUGCCGACGACUCUAGCGUUGCCGCCAAGGCACAGCUCGAGGUUGCCCAAGCUAGACACGCAGCUGCAGUUUCAGAGCUGGUAACUGUUAAAAAGGAGCUCGAAGAUCUCCAAAAAGACUAUGCUGUAUUGGUGUCUGAAAAAGAUAUAGCUGUAAAGAAAGCUCGGGAGGCAGCAUCUGCAUCAAAAGAAGUGGAGAAAACGGUGGAAAACCUGACCAUCGAACUGAUGAUGACAAAAGAAUCUUUAGAAUCAACCCAUGCUGCUCAUUUGGAGGCCGAAGAACACCGAAUUGGCGCAGCUAUGGCACGAGAGCAAGACGCUCUGAAUUGGGAACGAGAAUUGAAACAAGCAGAAGAGGAAUUCAAGAAGGUCAACCAACAGAUCGUUUCGACUAAAGAUCGCAAAUCCAAACUAGAUACUGCUUCAGCUUUGCUUCAGGACUUGAAAACCGAAUUGGCGGUUUAUAUGCAAUCAAAGUUGACUCAAGAUGAUAAUAAUAACAACGCCCAGAAUGAUAUAGAAGCGGCAAAGAAGAAUGUCGAAGAGGUGAAACAAAGUAUUGCAAAAGCAACAGAGGAGAUCGAUUACUUAAAAACGGCUGCCAGUUCUCUAAAAUCUGAGCUCGAGAGAGAAAAGACAGCACUCGCCACCAUUAGACAGAGAGAAGGGAUGGCAUCUGUUGCAGUUGCUUCUCUUGAAGCGGAACUAAACCGAACAAGAUCAGAAAUUGCUCUAAUUCAAGCAAAAGAAAAGGAGGCCCGCGAAAAAAUGGUGGAAAUCCCAAAACAACUACAGAGAGCGGCCGAAGAAGCCGAUCAAGCAAAAACAGUGGUGCAAAAAGCUCAUGAAGAGCUAAAGAAAGCGAAAGAAACAGUAGAACAAGCAAAAGGUGGAGCAAGAACCAUGGCAAGCAGACUACUUGCUGCACAGAAGGAGAUAGAAGCAGCAAAAGCUUCAGAAAAGUUGGCAAUGGCAGCCAUUGAUGCACUCCAUGGGAGCGUAUCUGCUGAUAACGAGCUGGAACCUGGAGUUACCCUUUCUGUAGAGGAAUAUUAUGAGCUAAGUAAGAAAGCCCAUGAAGCAGAAGAGGAAGCUAACAAAAGGGUAGCAGAAGCAAUCUCGCAAAUUGAUGUUGCAAAAGAGUCUGAAUCGAAAAGCUUAAGUAAACUCGAAGAAAUGAAGUUAGAAUUGGGUGCAAGAAAGCAAGAUCUUGAUGGCGCAUUACAGAAGGCCGAAAAGGCAAAAGAAGGAAAACUGGGAGUAGAGCAGGAUUUGAGGAAGUGGAGGGCUGAACACGAGCAAAGGCGGAAAUCCGGUGCAAGAGAAAGUUUUGAAGUGGCGAAGAAUGUGGUUAGCACUUCGCCCCAGAUUCCAAGGCCGAGCGUAAAGACGGUUUUGCCAGAAAGUAACAGCAACACAACGGAAUCAUCACCGGAGGUGAGGGGGGGUUUGAAGAAAAAGAAACGGUCGUUUUUCCCGCGGAUUUUUAUGCUGUUGAGAAGGAAGAAAUCGGAGUCGUUUAAGAGAGGUUAAAGGUAAAGGGGUGUUGAUUUUGAUUGUAUAUGUAAUGUAAUAAUGUUGUUGUUGUUGUUGGUUUUGAUUUGGUGAUAAGGGAAUUGGGGUUUGAUUUUGUAUGCUUCAUUCGUCUCAUAAUAUUUGUGUCAAAAGUUUGUUGGUCUGAAUACAAGAUUUGGGUUUUUCUUUUCUU